UGAUAUGUUCCACGUAUUAUCUUUGGUUUGAGCAGUUGGUUUCAGAAUUACAAACAUGCUCAACACAGUGCUGAAUCAGCUUUUAAUUUUAUAUUGAAACAUUUUAAUUGAAAACUCUGAUUCUUCCCUGUGUGAUGUACUUGCUUAGGGAUCCAACCAUAAAGUGGCUCUGUUAAUUAAUGAUAAGACGUUUCAUAGAGGGCAGAGUAUACCUUCCUGAGGUGUAUUUCACAGCCAAGCAUUUGACAACUGGGUUUAGGAGGACACACAAUGGUGGAACAGAGUGGUACGCAGCUCAAAAAUGUAAGAAGCACCAAUGGAGUUGGCGUUGACAACCAGGCUUUUGAAAUGGGGGAUGACAGCCCUGCUGAGACCAACAGCAUUAAAAGCCAGCCUUUGAAGUCUAAAAAGGGAUUGGGAUCUUAUAUGAGCCAAGUUUCCACGCCAAUUAAUGCAGCUGAAAAUUACAUGAAAACUCACUCUAAAACUGUGAAGUACAUUGUCCUGGGAAUACUUGGAGCAGGUUAUGUGGCAUACUUCAUUGCAGCCUGCGUACUGGACUUUCAGAGGGCUACUGCUCUUGUAGUCCUGACCAGUCUGGCAGUUGUUGCUCAAUCAUAUGAACUACUAAAGGUACACAAAGGAGAAAGCAUCAGUCGGUGUUUCAGACCCGCAUUGAGAUGCUUCAAAUCCAACUUGAAAUGGCUAAAAUGGGUUUUCAUUGUGGUGGUUGUGGCCUUGCUUGUGGCGUGGCUUGUCAUAGACACGAGGAAACGUCCCGAGCAGCUUAUCUCAUUUGGGGGUGUGUGCAUGUUCAUUGUUCUGUUGUUCCUCUUCUCGGCACACAGGGCAAUGAUUUCAUGGAGGCCGGUGUUUUGGGGUCUUGGGAUGCAAUUCUGUAUUGGCCUUUUUGUCAUAAGAACAGAGCCUGGACUAAUUGCUUUUGACUGGCUUGGAAAUCAAGUGCAGAUAUUCCUGGACUACACCAAAGCGGGGUCAUCAUUUGUAUUUGGGGACCUGAUUGCAGAUAUUUUUGCAUUUCAAGCGCUGCCAAUUGUUGUAUUCUUCAGCAGCGUGAUGUCAAUUCUCUACUUUUUGGGAAUAAUGCAGUGGCUCAUUUUGAAGAUCUCAUGGCUUAUGCAGAUAACGAUGGGAACUUCUCCCACUGAGACCUUGAGUGUGGCAGGCAAUAUAUUUGUCGGCCAGACUGAAGCUCCACUGCUGAUUCGGCCUUAUUUGAAGGACAUGACUAAAUCUGAGAUACAUGCUGUUAUGACUGGUGGAUUUGCAACGAUAGCAGGAAGUGUUAUGGGGGCAUUUAUCUCCUUCGGGAUUGAUGCAUCUUCCUUGAUAUCGGCCUCUGUGAUGGCUGCUCCUUGUGCAUUGGCCAUCUCUAAGCUGUCUUAUCCUGAGACUGAGGAGUCUCCUUUCAAAUCAGAGAAGAAUAUCAAAGUGUCUUGUGGUGAUGAACAGAACAUUUUGGAGGCUGCUAGCAGUGGGGCAUCUGCAUCAAUAGGUCUUGUUGCGAAUAUCGCAGCUAAUCUUAUUGCUUUUCUUGCUAUCCUGGCGUUCAUCAAUCAGGCUUUGAGCUGGGCAGGCGGCAUGGUAGGAUAUCCUGAAGUGACAUUUCAGUUACUGUGUUCCUAUGUGUUUAUGCCCGUGGCCUUCAUGAUGGGAGUGCCUUAUGAUGAGAGUUUCAUUGUGGCUGAAAUGAUUGGCACAAAACUCUUCCUCAAUGAGUUUGUGGCAUAUCAAAAGUUAUCUGAACUGAAGACCAACAGACUUAAUGGACUCGAUGAAAUAAUUGGGGGUGAAAGACAAUGGAUAUCUGUCCGGUCAGAAGUAAUCACUACCUAUGCUCUUUGUGGGUUUGCCAACUUCAGCUCUCUGGGAAUUGUGAUUGGAGGCCUGUCUUCUAUAAGCCCAUCCAGAAGAAGUGACAUCUCAUCCCUGGUGCUCAGAGCCAUGAUCACUGGGACUUGUGUAUCUCUUGUAAAUGCGUGCAUUGCAGGAAUCCUCUUUGUUCCUCCACUUGACUGUGUGGAGCUUUUUAAGGUUUCUGCUUUUAAUAACACCAAUGCAAACAUUCAAGCUUGCUGCCAAGACCUGUUCAAAAGCACUGUAAACAAUGGGACUGUCUCAUUUGAAGGAUCGUGGACCUCAGUUGCAAACGUCACAGUGUUUUUCUCCAAAUGUUGUCAGUGUUGUGGUCUUUCUGAUGUGGCGGUAUGUAUGUAGCAAAAAGAAAUGCAACAGCUGGCCUCAGGCAAGAACAUAUUUACCACUUUUUCUUACUUUUUCAAAUUGUGUCAAUGUUUUAUAACUGGACAAACAAAUACUUGUUGAAUUUCUUGUUAUAUGCAUAAGAAGCUAAGGAGAGAAUGGAACAACUACACAGACACUAAAGAGAGACCGCUACAGCAGAUGGUGCAGGCCAUCAGUACCAGACUGAAAAUGCUUUGCAAUGGUGAUGAAUUAAGUAAUGUGUCAAGGAAAUGAAGUGGACAGAGCAAUGUGGAAUUCAUUGCCAUUCAUGUCUGUAUCUUCUCAAUUGAAUGCAGCUCUAUCAGGAUUUCAGGUUGAAUGUGUGCUUUAACCACUGUGGACCCAUAAUGCACUAGACUUUGGGAAAUGUAUUUGCAGUUGAAGGUACAACAAAGCUGGAAAACCUCACAAACCCUUUAUUUAGCUAAAUUUAAGUUCUUGCCUGAAGCCCUGUGUCUGUGUUUAUACAUUUGUAUAUUUGUGUCACGUUUCAUGUAAAAUUGUAAAGCCUCUAUCUGUAUGGAUAAAUGAUUAUUGUAUCUACCAGGUAUUCUUUUCUAAAUUAUUUUAAACAUUAACCUUAAUUUAAAGUGAGGACUGAGCUUCAGAAACCUAACUCAGGAAUCACUCAGACAUUUAUCAUUUGACUAGUGUAAAUACUGAAAAAUAAAUAUAACUGAAAAAAUGUCAGUGUUUUAUGUUUAUUGGGAAAUAGGAUCAAACUUCAAGAUAUAUUUGGACACAAAUUUGAUUUUACAUAUUUAUUUAAAAAAGGCAGCUGACAUGGUGCAACAUACCAAAUAGAGCACACAAAGGCUCUCAUUCUGUCAUUCACACACCCUCCCCCUCGAACAUUUUUUUUUCCUACAGUUAUUUAGUCCUCUGAACUUCUGUGCACAUAAAACAGCAAUUUCACAGUAAAUAGCAUCACGUCAAUUUGUUAGAUAUUCUAAGGUUAUUUAGAAUAUUUCUUCCUGUCUUUCUUUUUUGUAAUCAAUAAACCUCAUUAUAGUAAAGGAAAUCAUCAAACAGAGGCUUAUGAGUGACUACUUUGAAGACUGUCAUUAAUCAUUAACAAAAAAUCCAUUCUCGAAAUUCCUGAAGUUUUCUGUUCUCCCCCAAGGCUUGUUAUUUGUAAAAUAGUUGUGACCUGAGUUGGAAUUUAAUCAUGAAUAUCUAUGCUGGAAGAUGAGAUCUAAAAGUUUUUUGUUAUCUUAAUGUUCACACAUGUCCACUGUGAGGUGCUAAGUGUGCUAAGGAUCGGUCUGUUUAGAAAACUCUCUUCUCUAGCUAUAUCGUGUAAGCUGAGAAAAAAUCCAGUGAGCUGAUUAAUUAGCCUCUGAAAGUUCAGCCAGCUCUUCCGGGAGUGUUUGCUCAGUGUGCAUCAUUCUUUGUUUGGAACAUAUUUUGUGAGUGUUCAUGAAUGUAAACCAACUAUGAAUCAUGUUUUUACACUCUCUUCUCUUAGCUUUGCCAACUCUACUGACCAGACCAUCUUCUGUAAGAGGAGUGAUUAAAUAUUCAGACAACCUCCAUAAUAAAUAGACACAAAGUAUUUAAAAUCUACUGAAAACUAUUUUAAAAACAAAGUGCACACAGACAUUUGUAACCCCUAAAAAAUGGUGCUGUUCUGCCACAGCAUGAGCUCAACUUUGCUGUGUGACAAAAUUCUGCAAAGGCCUUUGUAAGCCUAAUAUAGUCAUUGUCUCUAAAAUAAUAGAGUAAACUUGUUGCUCUACACACCUUCUGUACAUCACAGAUGAACAUGCAGUGUUCGCUAACAAUGGUGCCUACUAAUACUACAUCUUCACUGUCUGUGGCUGUGUUCAUUUACAGCUUAAACACAACUUACAAUUCAAACACAUAGAUUUUGUCAUGUCUCUAUGAUCUAUUUGGCAUGUAUUGCUUGGAGAGUUGUAAGUCCACUCAUGGAGCUGAUAAGACUCUAAUACAAGCAUUUGAAGUUAUUUGAUUUAUGUCAAUUCCAAUAAGUGUUUUCAUUUCAAUCUCUGAAAGCAGUUUGGCAUCUAUUUUGUUGUCAUAAAAACACUCCUAACACUCUUUUAAAUGUGCAGCUCUCAGGCAACAGAAAUUCACAGCAAUUUCAGGAGCAGUUAGGUUGACAUAUGGCUCUGCUUCUCAUUAAUCUUCGCAGCCUUUUUCGUUUUGAUGCAUUAUUAGAGACAGGUAUUACUAAACAACUAAAAUUAAUCCUUUUUUU